AAGGAAAAUGCACCUCUCGGCCAUCGCAGCAACAGCACUUGCCCUGCUCACGUCGCCCAUCCAGGCCGAAUGCUACACCACGGGCGAGCGAUGGGGGGACCAGAGGAGCGACGCCUACUGGGUGGUGCAAGGCAUGUGCGCGCCGCAGCACGUGUCGGGCUACUUCGCCCCGGACCAGACAAAGUACCAGUGCAUCGACCUGGCCGACGGCAAAAAGGGCGAGUUUUGGGUCCAGUGGCGUGGCCAGGCCAGCCAGGUGCUCGGCGACGGCGACUGCGUCGCUGGGCUGCUCAACGAGGUCAAUGGGUGCGAUCUCGGCGGCGAGAGCGUUCAUUUCGGGUGGUAUUUUCGGUGA